AUCAGCUGAGGAGCAGCAGCAGCUCUAACGGCAUCCGCGGAAACAAGAAGCAGAACUGAUCUGCAGUCAGCGGGGAAGCAGCAGUAAGAGGGGAGAGCAAAAUCACAGCCCUGGGAAAGGCGUAGGAGAGGUCGUGAGGUGGCUUCAGCGGUAAAUAAGCAGUCAGUUUUGAGAGAGUGAGAGGAGAGGAUUAACUCCAGAGCAACAGCCGGCAUCUCUCCACACUCGGAGGCUGACUCUUUGGCACUUUUCUCUCUCUCUCUGAAGACGAAGGACCUCUCGCCUCCCGGAGGAGUUCAGCCAUGGAGGAGACGCUCACCUGCAGCCGCAGCCCUUUCUCCCAGGUGUUUGGGCGUCAGGGUCAACUCAUGCAAGCCACUGUGCAGUCUCUGAACAGCCUGAAUGACCAGAUUGCGAGCUUCAUGGUGACUGGAUCCAAGCCCCUGGAGCAGGAGGAGCCUGCCUUUCGCCCUCCUGAGAAGGAGUCAAUGCAGAAGUCCAUGACACUGAUGAGGCACCUCCUUGUGGAUGCACAGGCAAAAAUCCUGAAAAUGAUGGAUGACAACAAGCAGUUGGCUCAACGCAUCGAUGGGGCCAUCCAGUCCGCCAGCCAAGAGGUGACCAACCUUCGGUCAGAGCUGAGCGCAACCAGCCGCAGACUGGCCGAGUUGGGGGCUACCGACUCUGCCGGCAAUGUGGAGACCCUGCAGCAUAACCACAAUGAUCCCUCUUCCCAGCCGAGACAGAAGCCGCCGGCCACUGACCCCUGCUACAAGACUGAAAUCAGCAGUUUAAUGGACUUUAACUCUCCGGAUGCUUCCCUAGACAAAGUCCUGCUGCGUGAGGAGGUGGCCCAGCUCCAAGAAGAGGUGCACCUGCUGCGGCAGAUGAAGGACAUGUUGAGUAAAGACCUGGAGGAGACCCAGGGAGGGUGCUCAGCUGACGUGCUCUCUGCCACCGAGCUCCGUGUGCAGCUGGCCCAGAAGGAGCAGGAGCUAGACCGAGCCAAGGAGGCUCUGCAAGCCAUGAAGUCGGACCGCAAACGUCUGAAGGCAGAGAAAGCAGACCUAGUGAAUCAGAUGCAGCAGCUUUAUGCCACAUUGGAGAGCCGGGAGGAGCAGCUCCGAGACUUCAUACGCAACUAUGAGCAGCACAGAAAAGAGAGCGAGGAUGCGGUAAAGACACUGGCAAAAGAAAAGGACCUGCUGGAGAGAGAGAAGUGGGACCUGCGGCGUCAGACCAAGGAAGCAACAGAGCACACGGGGAUGCUGCGCUCACAGCUUGACCUGAAGGAGAACCGCAUUAAAGAGUUGGAAGCUGAACUGGCCAUGAUGAGUAACUGUGUCAAUCAGAGAAUGGAGUUCCGGGUGUUUGAGCGGGUUGCGGACAGGGACUACUCUCCUAGGUUCAUGGCGGCCAAACAGUCGUUAGCCACUCUGACCAAGGAUGUGCCCAAGCGUCACUCUUUGGCGAUGCCCACGGAAACGGUUGUCAACGGCAACAAUCAGGAGUGGGUGAUGCAGGCAGACCUUCCCUUGACCGCUGCCAUCAGACAGAGUCAGCAAACCCUCUAUGUCCACACAGGACAUCCUACGGACAGACAAGUGGCUGCCGUGCGGGUGAGCCCGUGUCACUCGCGUCAGCCCUCCAUCAUCUCUGACGCCUCAGCCGUGGAGGGAGACCGGUCAUCCACUCCCAGUGACAUCAACUCCCCACGCCAUCGGACUCACUCCCUCUGCAACUCCCUAGAAGAUCUGGAGGAGGCGAAGCGUAAGAAGAAGAAAGAAAAGAUGGGGCUGGGCUCUCUGUCACGCGUCUUCGCCCGGGGAAAACAGCGCAAAUCCCUCGACCCUGGUUUGUUUGAUGACUCGGACAGCCUCUCCAGCCCCACCCGUCACAGCCUCAGCCUGUCAGAUGGCUCAGAGGACCAGCUGGACCGCCUACAGCAGGUGGAGCUGGCCAGGACCACACCCAUGUCACAAUGGAGGGCAGGAACUGUGCAGGCCUGGCUGGAGGUUGUCAUGGCGAUGCCCAUGUACAUCCGCUCCUGCUCAGAAAACGUCAAGAGUGGAAAGGUCUUACUUGGGCUGACAGAUGAAGACCUGGAGAUGGGUUUAGGCGUCACCAAUAUCAUGCAUCGUCGCAAACUGCGCCUUGCCAUUGAGGAUUACAGAGAUGCAGAGAAUGGUAGAGGACUUUCCAAGGCAGCAGACAUGGAUCACCACUGGGUGGCCAAAGCCUGGCUAAGCGACAUUGGUUUGCCUCAGUACUCUCAGGCUUUUCACAACCACUUGGUUGAUGGGCGUAUGCUGAACUCCCUGACACGUCGUGAUCUUGAACGUCACCUCAACAUCACCAAGAAGUUCCACCAGGUCAGCUUGCUGUUGGGCAUUGAACUGCUGCACCUACUCAGUUUUGAUAAGGAGGCUCUGCAGGCUCGUCGGGUACAAUGUGAACACCAGAAUGUGGAUCCAUUGGUGUGGACCUCCCAUCGGGUCAUCAAAUGGAUCAAAGAUAUUGAUCUGAAGGAGUUUGCUGAAAACCUUCUAAACAGUGGAGUCCAUGGUGCUGUCAUGGUGCUUGACCCUACUUUUAACACUGACACCAUGGCAACAACACUGGGGAUCCCAAACAACAAGCACAUGGUUCGUAGACACCUUGUUGAGGAGAUGAAAACACUGAUUGGUCCAGCCAGGACAGAUGCCAAGCAGGACUACGAGGGUCUAGGCCUUGGAACACCACCAACCCUCCUUCGCCAGAACUCACUGGUUAGACCGCCCAGUGCCACAGGACGGAACAAUGAUGACGAAGUCUCGCUCAGAAGGAGGGCCAUCAAGCCUCCAACAGGGUUCAGCCCGAAAGCACGCAGUGGGCGGGACCUGAGUUGCCAUAGCAGCUAUGGCUCACUGCCUCGAGAAACUGGAGACCAGACCCCACCUAGAGCCGAAGGAAGCCCAAUCCGAGGUUACACCAGCAUCGAGGUCACUAACGUGUGAGGUCAUCAUGGUGUCACAGACAUCAGACAUUAGCUUCACGAUGGCGAAUUUGAAGUCAUGGACUUUCGUCUUCCAUGUGAUGUUAUCUUUUGUAAUGAUGAACCUUUACAGGAACAGAUUGCACUUUUUAAUGGGAAAGGAAUUUCAUUUUACAAGUUUCCUGGAUUAAAAAAAAAUGAGACACUUUGUGGGCAGAUGUAUUUUGAUGUUUUUGAUGAAAGUAAUUUUCUUCUUCCUUAAAUGCCAGAAUCAGAAGAUGAAGGUUUAAGCUAGAUGAUUAUUUUUGUAUUUUUGUGUGUAAAUGUAUUCUUGUGAACCAGGAUGUGAUUUGGAAAUUUGUUUUUGAUGACUAGUCACUGCUGACGGUCUGUUUCUAUGAGAUCUGAUUUUUGAAAGAAAAAGAAAAAAACUGUGUCAUACAGGGUACUUGAUAACUAUUUGAAAAAGUUUCCUAUCAUGUAAAUUGUUCUUGUUUCAUUUGAUUCUGCUGUUUUGAUGCCUUGUCAAUGUAACUGAGGACAACGGGCAAAAAAAGGGACUGAAUUUUAAAUUCUAGAUUCUCUGUUUGUUCGUCAUUUUUCAUCUUGCACACGUACACAGUUGUGUCUAAACAAAUGUAGCACCUCUUCUGAUGUUUUAUACUGUGCAGUGAAAAUAGAAAAACAUUUGAAUUAUGCCAAGAAAAGAUGACCGCAGUGCUGUGUGUCCAUGGAAGAUGAGUGGAUGCAGAUUCGUGACAAUG